CCGGUCUCGGUUGGUCUCGGCUUUCCAGUCCUGUAACGAUAGGACUAUCAACUGAAUAUAAUUCACAUUCUUUGGCUAUUCGUGACCGUCACUUUGACUCGCUUACGAGGGCGAGACUGAAUAUUGAGAAGGCAUGGAGGACGAUCCGAGGGUAGAGGACUUGCCAGAUGACUUAACACCCUUGAUUACUCGAACAACUGUGGACCACGUUACCGGAGGUGCAUUUGGCGAUGUUUGGAAAUGCAAUUACAAUGCAGAUGGUAUUUCAGCCCUCGUUGCGAUCAAGGCCUUCAGGUUUUCAGGGAGGGAUGAUUUAGAGACGAUCAACAGGAAUAUUAGCCGAGAAAUUGGCAUUUUGAAGAUUCUACGCCAUAACAACAUUGUACCGUUGUGGGGUAUAGCGACAGGAUUUGGACGAAUGCCAGAGUUGCGCUGUUUGGUGUCUCCGUGGAUGCCAAACGGCACGUUGACUGCCUACCUAACAUCUAACCACGACGAUCUAACAGUCCUGGACCGUUCGCGUAUGCUAGAGGAUGUCAGUGCUGGACUUCGUUACUUGCAUUCCGAGUCGGUCAUGCACGGGGAUAUAACAGGGGCAAAUAUACUGAUUGACAAGAGAGGCCAUGCAAGGCUGAUUGAUUUCGGUCUUUCCACCAUUGUCCGACCCCUUCUCGGCCAGUCGCAUUUGGCUAUAUCAUCCGUCCGUCCGGGUGCAAUCCGCUAUGCAGCACCAGAACUCGUUCUACUAGAUAAUUCCCGUGAGCUGCCGGUGCCUUUGGAAAAAGCUGAUAUCUACUCCUUUGGUUGUAUAAUGCUUCAAAUUCUCUCGGGUCGACGGCCUUGGUCUGAGAUCUCGGGGGAAACACUCAUCAUCGUUGCAAUGUCACAAGGCCGUGGACCGCAACGCCCCGAUGGUCAUCCUGCCAUAAUAGACUUGGAUUGGGAGUUCAUCCAAAAAUGUCUGCAAUUCGGACCCGAACCUCGACCUUCAGCGGAAGACGUGCUUAACUUUGUCAUGCAUAGGUUUUACUCCCCAGGUUCUUCUAGACCGCCUGACGACCCCCCCGAUGAUACGCAAGACAACUCCCCUGAAACUUCCCCGCAUGGUAAUUCUUAUGACUCGAAUGAAGAAUCGUACUCGGUUGAGGAGGAAUCAUUCCCUGAGAGUCUACCGCUCUACACUGGUUUCUCCACCCGUGGUCCAACACCCAGUAAGUUGUCAGUAGAGCAAUUCUUGGUGCUUCUCAUCAAAAUCACAUAGGCGGCAUGACUUACAGCUAUAGCAUAACGCGCAAUCGCACUAGGCUCAGAACCUUCGAAAAGGCGCCGGGAAACUUGGAUAGAGAUGGUAGGAAACAUGCAGGGCGGACGGGGCAAACGGAGCAGAUAGAGCGGACGGGACAGAUGGAUGUAUCGGGGUCACGAUGCUCUGAUGAAGAUCAAGGAGGUGUGGACUCCCAAAACUAAUCAUACAUAUAUAUUGGCGCGCGAGUUUGAAGUUUGAGUCCUUGGAUGACCCGUAUUUAUGACACCCAACAGGUGAAGCCACUAUUUUUGUCUUAAUGUAUCGGAUACUCCCUAGACUGUUGCACCGCUGUCCGCGUGCGAUGUAAAUGGCAGGAAGGCCCGACAGGCUGAGCCACAAUAUCUAACUCGGUAGUGACACACCAAUGUUCUUUCCUUCUGGGUUCGCUUGACCGAUGGCUACAAAAUGUUGAACGUGCG